AUGGCUGCUGUUUCGCUGCACGCUUCCGCGGUCGUGGCACCAGUGGCGUCGCUCUCCACGCUCCAAUCAUCUCGGGCUAUUGCAUCUUCGCAUCAAAUUUCGCGAGCGGGUCUUCGCGUCCCGUCACUAAGGAGCGCCAGCGUAAGGCCACGACGUGCCGCGAGGAUAACAUGCGAAGCGGCUGGGACCAAAGCAGCAGCAGGAGAGGUGACUGACGCGACGUUCAAGCAGCUGGUGCUUGAGAGCAGCACGCCUGUGCUGGUGGACUUCUGGGCCCCCUGGUGCGGCCCGUGCCGCAUGAUCGCGCCUCUGAUUGACGAGCUGGCAGUGCAGUAUGCAGGCAAGAUGGCGUGCUACAAGCUCAACACGGACGACAGCCCUGGCGUGCCCACCGAGUAUGGCAUUCGCAGCAUCCCCACCGUGCUGGUGUUCAAGGGCGGCAAAAAGGUGGAUGCGGUCAUUGGAGCAGUUCCCAAGGCCACGCUCGUGGCUACUGUUGAGAAGUACCUGUAA